AUGAACGAGCAGAGGCGACGAGAGAGCAACGGGAGCCCAACCAAACAGGCCCUUAAGGUUUUGGGUUCUUCUUUGCGUGGUAGAACUGAUGUGUCAUUCUGGAAAGCUCAACUACAAAAAGUUCGAGUAAAUCCAGAAAUACAUGACAUCCUCAAAUUGAGCUUUGAUGGAUUAAGUCACAAGACGGAGAAGGCAAUUUUCCUAGAUAUUGUAUUUUUUUUCAUCGGAAAGGAUAAGGACGAGGGUGCUCAUGUAUUCCGAUCUUGUAAUUUCUGUCCAGAAGCCGGUAUACCAAUUUUACUGGAAAGAUGUCUAAUAACAAUUGAUAAGAACAAUACAUUUCAGAUGCAUGCUCUUAUCCAAGACACGGGGAAGGAAGUUAUUCUUGAAGAAUCUAAACAUGGGAAGGCCAAGCGGCUGUACUUGAGUAAUGGAAAUGCAUGCCAUGCUUUGCAAAAUCUAGAGGGAACAGAUACAGUUGAAGGUCUCAUCUUAAACCUAUCCAUGAUGGAAAGACAUGUAAGCGCCAAAAUAUAUGAAAGAUUUCUGAACUUGAGAUUACUUGAAAUAAUUGGUGCACAUGACAUCAAGGGGAAUUUUGAAAAUUCAUUUCACGAGUUAAGAAUCAUUCGAUGGUCUCACUGCCCGUGGACAUGUAUACCUAUCAGUUUUCGUCCACAAAAGCUUGUCUCCCUUAACAUGCCAUUCAACAAAUUCAAGACAUUGCCCAAGGGCAUCACGAAUUUGAAGACUGUAGAUUUCAGUUACUCAGAAAACCUAAAGAUUGCUGAUAAUUUUAGAGACUUAAGACUGGUUGAGAAGUUACUGCUUAAUAGUUGUCACAGGCUGCUAAAAAUCCACCCAUCGAUUGGACAGUUGACUAAUUUGAGUCAUUUAGAUCUGGGUGGAUGCCACAAUUUGAAAGAGUUGCCUGAGCAUGUUGGACGACUAAAUAAAUUGGGCCAUUUUGAUUUGCGUGACUGCCAAAGCCUUAAAAGAUUGCCUGAGGCCGUCAAGAACUUGACUAGUUUGGGCUGCUUGAGUAUGAGUGGUUGUCACAGUCUGAAACAAUUGCCAGAGCAAUUGGGUGAUUUGGAAGGCUUAAAGAUGCUGGAUUUGAGUCAUACUUCUAUCGAACAACUGCCUGAUUCAAUUGCUCACCUCAAAGAAUUAAUUCAGUUGGACAUUAUGUGGUGUAAAAAGCUUUUAAAGCUACCUGAUCAAAUUGGGGACCUAAGAAGUUUAAAGUUUUUUAUGGCAACACAUAGUGCAAUUGAACAGUUGCCAGACUCGAUCAGCAAUCUGACUAAUUUGGUCAGUCUGUGGUUGCCUUUGUGCAAGAACCUUACUAGUCUUCCAAAUUGCAUGUCGAAUUUAAAGAUGCUUGAACGACUUAAACUUGGAGGUUGUAAAAAUCUGGAGCGAUUGCCUGAGCAAUUGGGGAUGAUGCAAAGCCUAGAAUAUCUUGAUGCAGGUGAAACAGCAGUUGAAGAAAUACCAGGUUCUAUUGGACUGUUGAGCAGAUUAAAAUUUUUGGAAUGCAGAGGGUGCACGAAGCUUAAAUAUAUCCCAGAUAGCAUAGGGAAUAUUGCGUCACUUGAGGUAUUAGAUCUGACGGAAAGUGGCUUGUCUGCAGUGAAUUUGCUUAAUACAGUAAAAAGUAUGAAUAGGAAAGGAUUAAUUCUUCGUUUAAGCCUGAGAUGUGAUAUAAGAUUAUUGCUGCCUCUGAUCUUAAAUAUCUCUUCUGUACAAAGACUAACUCUUACUGACGAGGGUGAGAGUUUCUCUUCGACCAAACCGUUUAGUCUUUCUAAGCUUUUCAACCUACAGUUUCUUGAAUUAGUGAACUGUAGAAGUCUCGGACCUUCCUUCCCCGAAGUUCCUCUGAAUUUAAUAGCGUUAGCAGUAAUCAACUUUGCCACACUGGAACAACUACCCGAUUUAUCCGGCUUAAAACAGUCCAAAAGCUUGUCAAUACAGAACUGCAGCAGACUUCAAUCACUCCCCCCACUUCCACCUCAUAUUUUAACACUACACGUGUAUGAGUGCAGAAGCCUACAAGAUUUACCAGAUCUGUCAAUGUUCAAGGAAUUGGAUGAUUUAUUGGUUCGUAAGUGCGGAAAUCUGGAAUCUAUUAAUUUAAAACAGAGCUCCCUUCAGGUAGGACUAAGAUCUUCAUUUCAAGCUGAUCUACCAAACAAGAAGCUUGCAGAAUGGUUGAGCUACAAAAGCAAUGGAUGUACGAUAUCUUUUGAUAUCCCGCCAAACUCGGGUGAUAACUUCGUAGGUAUUGCUCUCUGGUUUGUUCUUAGAUACAAAACCGUUAAGGGUGGUUCAUUCAUUAGAGUAGUUGUCAGAAACGAAACAGAAGAUUGUGAAUUAAAUUACAUCACAUGGGUAUAUGGUGAUACAGUGGGUUCGAGGGUAGAAUGCAUAAGGAGAGAUGUAAUCUCAGUUGGACUAAGGUCAAGGUCUCCAUACAUAAGGAAAGACCAAAAGAGCAUGCCAAUGAAAAGUGGAGAUACAAUCAAAAUUUCAUUUCACAGCUUAUUGUCUUAUUUUAAUAUAUAUCAUGAAGAAACACCUUGUAGAAAAGUCAAGGUAGAGAUGUGCGGGGCUCAUGUGAUACAAAAAACACCUUCCUGCUAGUGUCGAUUUAUCUCUGCUUUCAGAGCUGUAAUGAAAUUCCCCAAGUAUUGCCUCAAAAUUUUAUUUUAUUUUUAGAACAUAUAACAAAUAUUGUAAUAGAAAUAAUAAAUUUUAAAGUAUAUAUGUAGAGUUUAAUUAUGUUUCAAUCAUUUUUAUUAGCGGAAGGGACGCUUAUUUUUAAUUUAUUUUUAGCAUUUU